AUGGUUCGCGUUACCGAGGAGUUGGCGCUGUCGUCUGACAAUGUCACUCUAUACCACGCCGCAGAUCCGUUGCUAGGCCAUCUUCCUCUAUUACUUUUCCAUGGGCCCUCGACUACCGCAAACUACACCCUCAACAGUUCUCGAGUCCAAGUCCACGUCUUCACCCCCGCCGGCUUCCAGAGCUUUCCUCGAAUCACAAUCUCGCCCAAUUCUCCAUUUUACGGUGUCGUCCACCAUUUACCCCGCGAGUUUCAGGGCGAUGAGGUCUACCGCGCUCUCGCCUUCGGCCUCUUCAAGUACUUCACAGAACUGCCCGAUGGCGUAAAAACAUACCUCAAGAACCUAUAUCCUACGCGAGGUCGACGUCCAGGCAGUGCACCUACUCUGUUCAGCGAGCAACAUGCUGCCGAGAUUGUUAAGGACAUGGUCCAGAGCGACCACACAGCCGACAUCAUCGAGACAUUACAAGAUGCUCUGCAAACACAACACAUCAGUAAUGUUGACCUCGACUUUGUUCUGCCACCAGGCGCUAUCGUACCACUUCAAGCCGCCGACCUCGAGGACGUGCCCGACGACGAAGAGGAUAUCCUCGACCCAACUUUGCGCCAGUAUGGAGGAUACACCUCGCUGAUAAAGUUAUUCGGAGAGCCAGUCUUUUUGCCGACUAGUCGUUUACGAAGAGCGCCCUCCAAGCCGACCGCCUUAAAUCGAAGCAAGUCGUUUCUAAAAGAUCAAAAGGUCGAAUUGCGCAUGAAGCUGACAGAAUUGGUGGAGACUGAGGAGCGCUAUGUGGGCAAAGUGAGGGAGCUGGUAAGGCAUGUCGCAGCCGAUUUUCGAGAGAGCGCUCAAGCGCGAGCUCCUGGCAGCCUAAGCCCCUCCGAGGAAGAGUUGGAGAAGCUCUUCCCCAGUUCUGCAGAUGGCAUCCUUCAGGUCAACUCUGCCUUUAUGGAGGAGAUGCGGAGGAUCAUAAACGACACCGAAGAAGAAGCCUUGAAAGAUAUGGAAACACCUACGAUGAGCUUUAUGGGGUCCAAACUGGGCAGAACAAAAGACCCAAGUGGUGCUCUACAAAUCGCCAGGUUAUUCUUGGAGUGGUUUCCAAAGUUCACAGAGUGCUAUCAGGAUUAUAUCAAGGCCAGCCAGCAUUUUCCCACGUUACUCAACUCUUUCCUCGACCAGCAAUCGAGUUUCAAACAAAGGGUGGCUCAGGCUGGUGAGCAGACGAUACGCUCUAUUCUUAUUGAGCCUGUCCAGAGACUUCCUCGCUAUAGCUUGCUUAUAGAUCAGAUCGUUGGCUGUAUUCCUAUGACACACCCCGCCUUACAACCCAUGUUGAAGGCGCGAGACAUCAUUACAAAUAUCUGCUCAAUGGACGAUCCCUUACCCGACAAGCCUCAUGUCGCCAAUCGACUUCGAAAUAUGGUUGAAGCCUGGCCUUUGAAUCUUGAACCACAAGGACGUCUCAUUGCAGCCGCUGAUUUCACCGAGUUAGCACCACCUUUUCAGCCGUUGCUCAACCAGUCAGAUAAAUCUGGCAUCUUCCUCCUCUUUUCAGAUUGUGUUGUUAUUCUCAAGAAGAUGAGCGGGAAUAUGACAGGACGAGAGCUUCUUCGUGAGAUCGAGAAACCUUCAGCAGCUGGUUUACUUAUUUCUAUGACCAACGCAGCGGGAGGUCCAGCGGCAUAUGAGUUCGUAUUUACAGGAUGGCAUGAUAUGGCGGACGUGCGAUUUACCGAGGCAGUAGAUGGCACACUCUUCUGGAUGACUUCGACAUCAGAAAUGAGGGGAGCUCAUCCAGGAGAGCACCGGAUCAGCAAGGCCGUCACAUCACGAUGUUUCCUUUUACAAGAGAUGUACGAAGCCAGAGCCGCCAAGUGGGGAGAGGAUGUGGUCAAAGCGAGAGUCGAAGCUCGGUUCUCGGAAAAAGAGCGAGAGGAUCCAACCUGGACUCUACGAUCUGCGCGUAUGCCAGAUAGCAAUCUGGGUCUUCACGCAGCUAUCUUCCAGGAGGGCGCCGACCAACUCAUCGAGGGCCGCAAGGAGCCUGCCCCGAUUCGAGUGGUCGUCGAUCAUGACAGGGGCACUAAAGGAGCCCCUGUAGGCCAUUACGGUGUCGAGAUUGUAGUGAAUGUGGCCACCAACGAUAUGAAGAGGGUAUCGAUGCUCACAGUUGGGCUGAAUGGGAGGCAGUUCCAGGACGAAGUUGCUCUGGAAGACUUCCUCCCCACAAUGUCGAGAAGAGUUAUUCAACUAUUAAGCACGCAACAUAGUGUCUCCAAUAUGCAAUUGACGGCACCUCUCGUCUCAUAUUACUCCAAGACACUACAUGGACUCUUACUCAACACAAGAGCGGAGAAGACCAAAUCGUUCUUGGCUUCAUCCCCUGUCAAGCUUCUCUCCAGUUUCUGGGGAGGCAGCUCUGUCCAUAUCUCCGACACGGCAAGUCUGGGCUCAAAACACAAGCAGGUACCUUCAAUACACCGAAACAACAGCCAAGCAUCUGUUGUCAGCUCAAUAAGGGGAGGCAAGGACAGUGUAUCUCAAGAGGAAACCCGGACCGAAAACCCAUUAGUACGCCUAGAGCAGACGUUUACUGGAUAUGUUGCUGUUCUCCAGUCCCGCAAGGGCCUUAUUAUUGGUCGGACAUUGCUCCAACGUUCUGUGGUUGACGAGCUGUCUGUGAACGAACUAUACAACAGACUGAUUGAGAGCCCGUUUGACGUUGACGCCGCCGCCGAUCUAGGCACCGAGGUCAUAUUUGUGGCUUUUGAAAAGUUCCUUCGCAUUGCUUGGGCCGAUCAAAUCGGUCCUGUCAUGUCAAUGCAUUCCCUUGAUACGCUCCAGGCGCGGGUGAAUAAGAGAGUGCCUGGUGACUUUGCGGAUUUCGUCAACUUUUUGUUUGGAGACAUGGCACCACAGAAUCGUCGCGCUUUCACUGCCCUCAUCAAGCUUUUGGCCAAUCUGCUGGACGGGUGUGGCAACGAUGGUGACAGGGGAGCAUUAACACUUGCUUUCGCAGAGCUGCUCGUCUAUGAUGGAACAGCUCCUAAUUAUAUCAACCUUCUCGAUCGUCUGGUGGAAGACUGCGAUCGAAUUUUCGAAGAACCCGGCUUGAAUCACAGUUUUAAUCUUGAUAACUCAACAUACGAGUCGAUCAACUCGGCGAUCCGUGGCAAGGGGUACACGCCCUCAUUGGCCUCAAACACCUCUUCGCUGCGUCGCAAAUUUGGUUUCGAAAAUCUGUUACGGCAAAAUAGCAGAGAUGAGAGACCUUCAGUAUGGCGACAGCUCAGCAAGCAUAGAAAUCCCGCCACAGGUGAGGUAAACAGCUUAUCUAAAGCAUCGUUAGGCCGUUCAAGGUCUAUCGAUGAUAACACACUGCCCAAAAAGCUGUCAAGACGCCCAGGUUCCAAGGAUCGUCCGCCCAUAGCAGGGGCGUUUGACGAAAUGCAAAGACCUGGCAGCUCUCAUAGGUUAUUGGAGACCAUUGGUGAGCCGGAGACAGAGAAACCACUUCCACGGUCGCCCAAGAAGAAGCGGCGUAGUUCAUUAUCAGACCUCAAGAGUCUCAUGGCAGCAACUACACUCGAAGAUGAUGAAUCACCGCAACCGCUUCAAGACGCAAAAGAAACAUCAGAAAAGGUCAACGCGAGCCCCAAGGCGACAUCUCCGUCUAGAAUACCUGUUAGUCCCGGUGUAGCGACGUUGAGAGGUUCGAAGCAAAAGGAGAAUGUUCCAGAUCCGUUUCAGCAAAUUACGUCGCCGAAUACUUUGGCGCCCAGUCCAAUGGAAGUUUCAGAAGAGCCAACACGACGCACGUCACCAACCAAAGGUCACAGGCACUCGAGGACCCUGUCAUCAACUAAUAUCCCGACAUUGCGCCCCUACCGCUCAGCGCCUCCAGGAUCUGAAUCACCGCCACGUCCAAGCUCAAGUCCAACCAGGCGAGGAACGCAGAGACUCCGCUUACAGUCCCCGCAAAAGCUUCGAGAGCGACUCAACACCGAGAAGCAGGCUGUCGACGACGUGGAUGCUUCUCUCAGGUCUGAGCUAUCCAAAAUUGGUGAGGAAAUGGCACGUGUCAACAAUACACGACCUCCGGGCUCCCAGUCUGUCGAUAUGAGACGAGUCAGUGCUGCAGUUCGGGAGUUGGAAGACCGCAUUCCUACCGCUAUUCAGGAACUACAAGAUAAGCAAAAUGCAAUCCAGCGCGACAUGGAAACCACGGUCAAGGCAGCCGAGGCCAAGGUGCGAGCGAUUGAUCAACUAUACAAGGAGGCAGUGGCAGAGAACGAGUUACUAUAUGAGAAGUUCAACGGAGAGCUUGGCAAGAUCGUCAAGGCCCUCAAGGGCAAGGGCAAGGACGAAAAGGAAGAGCUGAUGAUGCGACUCCGCGAUCAAAGUGACGAGACAGCGCGGAUGAAGAAGGAGAACGCGCGACUGAAGCGCGAGAUGGUGAGUCUCCGCGCGGCGUUGAAGGGGACGACGGAGUAG